AUGGCUGCAGAGCUGGAUUUCUCCCCACCUGAGAUCCCUGAGCCCACCUUCAUGGAGAACCUGCUGCGCUACGGCCUCUUCUUUGGAGCCAUCUUCCAGCUGAUCUGUGUGCUGGCCAUAAUCCUGCCCGUUCCCAAGUCCCAGAAGACAGACUCGGACAGUUUUGAGCCCAAGAAUUCAGAGGUGGUGAAGAAGCCAAAAGCAACUGCUCCACAGAUAAGCAAGAAGCCCAAGAAAGAGACCAAAAAGAAACGAUAA